AUGGCGCCCAAAGAGGACCAUCAGCACAUUGGGGUUAUCCAACUGCUUCUUCAUUUCAAGUGGACAUGGAUUGGGAUUUUUGUGGUUGAUAACAACAAUGGAGAAAAUUUCUUACAGAAAAUGCAGCCUUUGGUUUCAGAGAACGGAAUCUGCUCAUCGUUCAUAGAAAGGCUUUCAGAACAAAUAUACUUGGAAGACUACAUAAAACUUGAUCACACCCUCUCACAUAUUUCCAUUCAUUUGAUGAGCAGCAAAACCAAUGCGUUUCUCGUCUAUGGAGAAUCAUUGGCAAUGAUGUGGCUGAGAGUUGUCAUGUUUCUGGUAGAUCCUGAAAGCAAGGAAACGGCAUUAUUAAGAAAGGUGUGGAUCAUGACUGCACAGAUCGAUUUUCUACUAUCAGGCACUCAAAUCAGUUUGGCUCUCCAGAUGUUCCAUGGGACUAUUUCCUUCUCCGUUCAUUCAACAGCAGUUGCAGGUUUCAAGGAAUUUCUUCAGGCCAUCAAUCCUCUUUCAGACAGCAGAGAUGGGUUUCUGCACAAUGUUUGGGAACAAUCAUUUGAUUGUUCAUUUCCAAAACCAGAAUUACAAAAAAUGCAGACUCAUGCUUUGCAAGCUCUGUACAUGUUAAGGUUUAAUAAGAAGAAAACUAAGAUGGAUAAAGAACCAGACCUUCCACAUUUGAAGGCUUGGCAGAACCUUCCGUUUUCUCAAUGCAAUGAUCCUUGUUUCCCUGGAUAUUGGAAGAAAGGAAUUGAGGGAAAUCAAUUCUGCUGCUAUGACUGUGUUCCAUGCCCAGAAGGGAAGAUUUCAAAACAAAAUGAUAUGGAUGACUGUUUUGAAUGCUCAGAAGAUCAUUAUCCAAAUAAAGAAAAGAAUGGAUGUAUUCUGAAACCAGUGGUGUUUCUCAAUUUGGAAGAAACUUUAGGAAUUGUUUUAUCCUCAGCAGCUCUUGGUUUCUUCUUCUUGACAUCUUGGGUACUUGGAACUUUCAUUAAGUACAAGGAUACUCCCAUUGUCAAAGCCAACAACCAGUUACUCACCUACAUCCUGCUUGUGUCUCUUCUGCUCUGUUUUCUCUCCUCUUUCUUCUUCCUCAGCCAACCUGGCAAAGUGACCUGCCUUCUCCGACAAUCAAUAUUUGGUAUCACCUUCUCAGUAGCCAUUUCUAGUGUACUGGCUAAAACCAUCACUGUGGUUGUUGCUUUCAUGGCCACUAAACCAGGAUCUCAGAUGAGGAGAUGGGUGGGGAAAAGAUUAUCUCUUUCUACUGUCCUUUCCUGCUCUCUCUUCCAAGUAUGUAUUUGUAUCCUUUGGUUGUCAACAUUUCCCCCAUUCCCUGAGUUGGACAUGCACUCAGAGCUCCAUGAAAUGAUUUUACAAUGCAAUGAAGGGUCAGCCUUCUUCUUCUACUGUGUCUUGGGCUACAUGGGAAUCUUGGCCAUUGCCAGCUUUACUGUAGCUUUUCUUUCCCGUAAAUUACCUGACAGCUUUAAUGAAGCCAAGUUCAUCACCUUCAGCAUGUUGGCCUUUUGCAGUGUGUGGAUCUCCUUCUUUCCAGCCUAUCUGAGCAUGAAAGGAAAAGCCAUGGUAGCUGUGGAGGUCUUCUCCAUCUUGGCCUCCAGUGCUGCAUUACUAGGAUGCAUAUUUUUCCCAAAGUGCUACAUCAUUGUUUUGCAGCCUGACCUCAACCAAAGGGGGAAACUCAUAAAGAAGAAUUAA